CAGUGCUUCACCUUGCUGCAGUGCAGAAAUGCUGAGGUCACCACGUCUGAUCCGUGUGACCUUAUCUCUGCUGGCACCUGGUAUCCGAUGCCGCCGUCCAUCUGUGAGUGUCCAGAAGCUCUUCUUCCGUUCUUAUACACAGACGUGGACAAAAGUACGGCAUCCGUGGACGUGUUCUCCAGCAAAAUGGCCUUGGCUUCCUUCACCGCAGCACCGAGCUGCAGUUCCCUGCUCAGACCUGGCGUCACAAAAGUACACUUUAAUUUAUGCUUUCCCAGCCAUCCGAGUACUGCGUGCGCUCUCUAGGCUAAAACUUGCUCAGACCAGCAUCACUGUCUUCCUUCUACCAGCAGUUUAUUAUUUCUACCUUCAGGGUCAGGUGUCCUUCAGUCUUCUAAGCUACACCACGGGCAUUGCUGCCUUUGCCGCCAUCAUGCUCUACAUCAUAAGCCAUUACAUCCAGCGAGUGGUGGGCAUGAUGUACCUGGACCACACACACACCACGUUAAAAGUGGCUCAUCUGUCUUUCUGGGGCCACCGGAGGGACAUGUAUGUGCCUGUGUCAGACGUAAUGACUCUGGGAGACACAGGAGACUCACCAGGUGAAGCUAUAUUAAGGCUGAAGCGCUACAGCUGCUCGGACACAAUGUAUUUCUCCACCAGGCUCGGGCGCGUGAAGGAUAAAAACGCGUUUGAGAAAGUGUUUGGGACUUUGUCUUGAUAGACUGUCGUGUGAUUUAAUUAUGUCUGAAAUCAUCAUGCAUCCAGACUUACAAUAAAGUUUUAUUCACAGCCA